CUUAUCCAGGGCGACUUACAAUUGUUACAAGAUAUCACAUUAUUUUUACAUACAAUUACCCAUUUAUACAGUUGGGUUUUUUUACUGGAGCAAUCUAGGUAAAGUACCUUGCUCAAGGGUACAGCAGCAGUGUACCCACCGGGGAUUGAACCCACGACCCUCCGGUCAAGAGUCCAGAGCCCUAACCACUACUCCACAAUUAACCCAGAACAUCCCAGCUGAGUGACUGGAGGAGGGGGUUACAUUUUUAAUUUGUUAUGGAUGUUGGACAAUGCAUAAUGCAGUAGUGAAAAAUGCAUAAUACAUGAAAUACAGUGACAAAUGCAUAAUACAUGAAAUAGUAGCAACAACACAGCAGCUAAUAGCAGAUAUCCAGCUUAGAGCAUGGAAAGCAAGAGAGAACAAAUGGGUCUUGAGAGCUGAUUUAAAGCGAGCGACAGUAGGAGCUGGGAAGCAUGUGGUAAUUGCAUUCUAUAUAAUGUACUUCAUUUGAACCUUUUGAAUUGUGAACCAACUUUCACACAGCUUUUUAUAGAUUUGUUUUUAUACCGUAGCAGGGUUUGAACACAAACAAGUUGACUUUGAGCAACACCUAGAGUUGACAUCAAAAUCGAAAGUACAGCACUGACCUAAUACAGUAUAAUCUUUUCUUUGUACAUUAAAAGUGCUAACACAAAAGCAAUACAGCUAUCAUUGCCAUCUACAGUAGUGGAUCAUCUCUCUGUGAGGGGAGUGGCUCCAGUCACAAACCAUGUUACUGACUUUGUAAGGCCAGUGAUGUCAUUGUGAUGUCAAUGCCCUUAAUUGUAAUCCUACACAUACUUGCUGAUUGGGAGCAUUUCAUAUAGAAAGCAGAAGGAGAAGGUUCCUCUUGGAAUAAAACAGAUAAAUGGCUGUAACAGGGGAUGAAACAGAAUUUGCUGCAACCGGGGAUAUGCCAACCUACCAGAUCCGGACACCAACUUCAAGUUUGCCCCAGGGAGUGGUGAUGGCAGCCUCGCCAGGAUCAUUACACAGCCCACAGCAGCUUGCAGAUGAGGUAACGCGGAAAAGGGAACACAGACUCAUGAAAAACAGGGACGCUGCCAAAGAAUGCCGCCGUCGGAAGAAGGAAUAUGUAAAGUGUUUGGAGAGUCGUGUUGGAAUGCUGGAAGUCCAAAACAAGAAGUUAAUUGAGGAACUUGAAAGCCUGAAAGACAUUUACGGUGGAAAAACAAAUUAGAUGCAUUCACAUGGAACACCUGCAAUGAUAACAUAGUCUUUUUAUAGGGUGUGUUAAAGCAGCUUAAAAAAAAAAAAAAAAAAGCGCUAUCUUUUUUGGUUUUCUCAUCUCCACUAUAUUACAUUCCUUAGUUCUUAUUGGGUAUUUUUGUUUAUCUUUUAACUGCUGUGAAAAGCAUUUGUUCUAUUUAUAUAUAUAUAAAUAAAAAAAGCAAAUUAAUAUGUAUAUAAUACAUUACACAUAAACACACAACUUGGCUAAAUAUGUUACAUUGUCAGACAUUUAAUAUUUUACAUGUUUCUCACCAGGUGUCCUGAACAAUACAUGUUUUACAUGCAUUGGAUUUUUUACAUACCAAUUACCAAAUAAUAGGUAUAACAAGGUUAACAGGUUAACCCUUUCAGAUAAGGUUUAAAUUGUAAUACACAGCCAGUGUUUGUUUGUGUUUUUGUUACCCUAAUAAUACCUAAUGCAGGUCAACCACACUUAUAUCGGUCUCUGUAGGUUUUUAUUUUUACUUAAAGGCAGAUCCUACAUAUUUCAGGACAAUCUUAAACUCCAAAUGUGUAAAUACUCAUGAGGACUGACCUGCAAAAGGUUAAAAGAAAUAUUAUCUUUUGUUAAACCAGCAAAUUAAAUGUACCUCCAAGAGGAUUUUUGUAUUAAAGUGUUAUUAACUAUAUUUAAGAGACUUUAUUAAUCAUUUUCAUUAACUGUAAGGGAAUUGAACCUAAUUUCACUUUGUGUUUCCACAUUUGUCAUUUAAAACAUGUUUCAAUAGAGCCACAUUGUUUACAGUAGGUGUCUGGAUGAAUUAAUUACGCAUAAUUACAGGUGCAAACUAAUUGAAACAUUAGUCUGCUUACCUGAAGAAGAGUAAUUCCUUACAUCGACAUCAUUAAAGGUUUGUUUAUAAUCAUGA